AGUCUAGAGACGUCCACUGCAGAGUCAGACGCAGAAGUUGCGGGUGGACGCCAGCAGCAGAGCGAGCUGGAGCUGGAGAUUCUCAACCUCGAGGCGGAGCUGGCGGAGAAGAACGACCUGAUCGAGAAAUACACGGACGUGCUGCGCGGUUGGGAGGGCAAAUUCAAGAGAUUGGACCAUCGAAUGUCGCCGGACAGGGAGUAA